AUGAGUAAAGUUCAGACAAAUUAUCAAGCAAGUCAAUUAAUGAGACGAACUUUUGAACUACAUAUUGCCUCCACAACUCUCCGCUCACAUUUGUAUCACCCUCUUAACUAUCAGAUGUAA